GCGGACGUCAUCUCCUCCUGGUGACUACUGUUAUCAAGAUGGCGCUGCGGCCAGGAUCAGGGGGAGGCGGCAGUUUUAUGUAUCCUGUUGGAGGGGGCCUGGGGCCGCCACAAGGAAUGGUACCCAUGCAGCAGCAGCAACAGCAGCAGCAGCAGCAACAGCAGCAGCAGCAGCAGGGCUUCCCUAUGGUUCCGGUCAUGCAACCGAACAUGCAGGGCAUGAUGGGAAUGAAUUUUGGGGGACAGAUGCCUGCAGGAGCUAUGCCGAUGCAGGGUGGGAUGGCAAUUGGUAUGCAGAACCCAGGGAUGCAGUUCUUGGGGCAGCCACAGUUUAUGAGUAUGAGACCUGCCGGACCACAAUACACUGCGGACAUGCAAAAACAAAUGGCUGAGGAGCACCAAAAACGGCUGGAACAUCAGCAAAAGAUGCUGGAAGAAGACCGGAAAAGAAGACAAUUUGAGGAGCAGAAACAGAAGCUGAGGCUGCUCAGCAGUGUCAAGCCCAAAACAGCUGAGAAGAGCCGCGAUGAUGCCUUGGAGGCAAUCAAAGGCAACCUGGAUGGCUUCAGCAGAGACGCGAAGAUGUACCCUAAUCCAUCAUCCCAGACCAAGAAGCCAGACUCAUCGCCACCACAUCCUUCUGUCCCCAUUCACUCCCUCCCCCCAGCACGCCCAGACAAUGACGAGUUUAGUGACUUUCAAGGGCCUGUAGACGCCCCCGCCUCCUUCCCUCCGCCCUCAUCCACUUGCUCCGCAUCGGGCCUUUCUUCUCAGGCCCCCGUCCAGCCUUCGUCCACUGCCCCUGCGACAGGUUUCUCCCCGGACGAUGACGAGUUUAGUGACUUUGUUCAGGGUCCCCUAAAUGCGUUCCCUCUCUCCGACUUCCACGUCUCCGCUCAGGCUCAAGUCCGACCUUCCUCCCCUUCCCUGAAGGCAGGACUUUCCUCCUCCUUUUCCUCCACCCUCCCUCAGUCCCUUCCUGCCUCUGUGUCCAUUUCCACUGUCACCCAACAUGCUGCUGUCAGCAACAGCUCCCAAUCUACAUUUCAAGGCCCCUCCCUGGAACAGAAGCUAUUUUCCUCAUGCGAUUUCACUGCCCCUGAGACGGCACCGGUUAGCUUUAAAUCCAAGCCGAGUUUGGCAGCAAUGGGUCCUGGAACUAAAGUUUCAACCCAGUUUCACUCCAGCACUAAAGCGAGGAAUUGGGCUGCGGGCCCCGAGGACUUGAGUUCGGUCUUCAUGGCUGAAAAGCUGCCUGAGUGCCCGGUGUCAGCGCCCGGCGCCCCCCCACCAGGUGUUGACUCGUCUCCUCAAACCAGUAAAGACAGUGCAGGUGUUGGCGUCUACCCUCAGCAAGACCACAUUCAGCCCAUGCUGCCAGCGUGGGUUUACAAUGACAGCCUCAUCCCAGAAAUGUUCAAAAAGGUCCUGGAAUUCACCAUGACCCCGGCGGGCAUAGACACAGCCAAUCUGUACCCUAUACUAAUGUCGUCAGGACUUCCCAGGGAAGCACUGGGGCAAAUCUGGGCGGCAGCCAAUCGCACAACACCCGGCAUGCUGACCAAGGAGGAGCUCUACACCGUACUUGCACUGAUUGGUGUGGCGCAGAGUGGGCUCCCAGCAAUGAAUGUGGAAAUUCUCAGCCAGUUCCCUUCUCCACCAGUGCCCAACCUGCCAGCCCUGGCCAUGGCCAUGGCCUCCGUCAUGCCCCAGCAGCCCAUUAUGACCAAGCCCUCUGUUCCUAUGGCCAUGCCCACAUCAGCACCGCCGCAGGCUCAGGCACCCACAAGCACUAACUUCAUCGCCAGCUUCCCUCCGCCACAGGGGCCCAAAGCCGAUGACGAUGACUUCCAGGAUUUCCAGGAGGCUCCAAAGGCCGGAGCCGGAGACCAGUCCUUCACUGAGUUCCAGGGGGAGUCCAGCGGAAGUUUCCCCACUACCCUCGCAUCGCAGCACCAGAAAGGUGCGUCUGCCAUGCUGACUCCCGUGUCCGGUUCUUCAUCCGCCUCCGUCACUUCCUCUGAUAAGUACGCUGUGUUCAAGCAGCUGUCGGUGGAGCAGCCUGCGGAGCCUACGCCCACUGCCUCAGAUUUUGGGGACAAAUACAGUGUAUUCAGACAACUUGAGCAACCUGCUGACAAGAAACCAGUCGGGGAAGGAUUUGCCGAUUUCAAGUCCGUCAGCGCUGACGAUGGUUUCACAGACUAUAAAACUGCAGACAGCGUCUCUCCAUUAGACCCUUCAGACCCGGCCAAGAUCUUUCAACCUUCCUUCCCCUCUGCUUUCCCAACCUCUCAGUCUCUACAACAUCUACCCCAGCAGCAACAGCCCGCAGUGUCUCUUUCUCAGCCCAAAAAUCCUCUCAACAUGGCCGACCUUGACCUUUUCUCUUCUAUAGCCCCUUCUGUACCUGCUCCCACUGAGACAAAACCCAGCCCCUUCCCCACCGUGUCUGUGCCCCCUUCUCUGGUGCUCGUGCCAGGUGGAGGUAAACCUCGAGGGGGAGGUGCAGAUGAUUUUGGGGAUUUUACACUCUUCGGCUCAUCCUCCGAUGCUGCUCAGGCUACAGCGGUGGGAGGAGCUGUUGCGGUGCCGCAGGACGACUUUGCAGAUUUCAUGGCGUUCGGCAGUUCUGGUGGGGAGCCCAAAGGCGAGAGCAGCAGCGUGGGGGUCCAAGGGGAGGCCUCCACCCAGCAGCGACUUCAGCAGACCUCAGACAAGUAUGAUGUAUUCAAGCAGCUAUCUCUGGACGGCGGCCUGGCCCAGGACAACACCAAGGAGAGCGGCGGCUCCUUCUUCUCUCUCAAGAGUGACACCGACGACUUUGCCGACUUUCAGUCCUCAAAGUUCUGCACGGCGCUCGGGGCUUCGGAAAAGACUCUGGUGGACAAGGUGGCCUUUUUCAAACAGGCCACAGAGGACUCCGCCUCCGUCAAGUCCCUCGACCUCCCAUCCAUCGGGGGGAGCAGCGUGGGAAAGGACGACUCUGAAGACGCACUCUCGGUGCAGCUGGACAUGAAGCUCUCGGAUAUGGGCGGAGACCUGAAGCAUGUGAUGUCGGACAGCUCUCUGGAUUUGCCCGGUCUCUCGGCCCACCAGCCCCCCGCUACAGACGGAGACGACGGGAAAUUUGACCCCUUCGGGACGUCGGCUCUCAGCACCUUGUCCAGCUACGACUGGUCAGAGCGCGAGGAAUGUCUGCCCGGUGAGGUCAGGAAGCCACAGGGCUUCGAGGGGGCUUCCCUUCCAUCAUUAGUGCCAGGACAGAGGAAGGAGCCGACCUUUGGCAGCACAGAAAAUCUCCCGGGCAGCUCCGUAGCAAAGGUCGCGACCUCUGUUCCCACGGAGGACGGCUCGUCCACGGAUGACAAGUUUGAGGCCUUUGUUGAUUUUGGCCCCGGGGAGCAGAGCGGUGUCGAUGACGAGGACGACUUUGGGGACUUUGCGAGCACUGUUUCUGAAAGGUCUGACUCGCUGGCCGCCGCUGCCGACGGCGGCUCUGAGGGAAACCAGAGCGAGGCCUCUGAUGAGUUUGGGGCCUUUCAGGGGGACAAGCCUAAGUUUGGCAAGUCUGACUUCCUCAAAGCCAGUGCUCAGACCAACGUCAAGUCCAGCGAAGAGAUGAUCAAGAACGAACUGGCGACCUUUGACUUGUCAGUUCAAGGCUCCCACAAACGCAGCCACAGUUUGGGCGACAAGGAGAUUGGGCGUUCUCCCCCGUCUCCGGCCCCAGACCAGCCCUUCAGGGACCGAUCUAACACCCUCAGCGAGAAGCCCGCGCUGCCCGUCAUCAGGGACAAGUACAAGGACCUGACCGGGGAGGUAGAGGAGAGCGAGCGGUACGCAUACGAGUGGCAGAGGUGUCUAGAAACUGCUUUGGAGGUCAUUACCAAAGCCAACAACAUCCUGAACAGCAUCAGCAGCUCCUCCGUCUGCACCGAGGUCAUCCAGUCCGCUCAGGGCAUGGAGUACCUGCUGGGUGUGGUGGAAGUGUAUCGCGUCACCAGGCGCGUGGAGCUGGGCAUCAAGGCGACGGCCGUGUGCUCCGAGAAGCUGCAGCAGCUGCUCAAGGACAUCAGCCGCGUGUGGAACAACCUCAUGGGCUUCAUGUCGCUGGCCAAGCUCGCUCCUGAUGAGAGCUCCCUUGAUUUCUCCUCCUGUAUUUUGAGGCACGGUAUUAAGAACGCCAAGGAGUUGGCUUGUGGUGUGUGUCUACUCAACGUCGUCGCACGCAGCAAGAAUAAAGAAGAAAGCACUAUUGGACGUCUGUUUAAACGAGCAUUUAUUGACACUGACAGGAGGUUACGGGCCUUCAACUCUGAGACAGACAACUUCAAACUGCUGUACGGAGGCCAUCAGUACCACGCCAGCUGCGCCAAUUUCUGGAUUAACUGUGUGGAGCCCAAACCCCCUGGCCUCAUAAUACCUGACCUGCUCUGAGCUCUGGGCUGCGGCUGCCAUGGCAACAGGGCACAGGCUAAUCAUCAUCAGAUAGGUAGAGGAACGGCGCGCGCGGCUCAGGCUGCCACCUUGGACUGAGAAGAGGACGUUCAAAGACACUGGAAUCCUUUUUUUUUUUUUCCCGUCUUCAUUGCGAUUGUUACCCCUUUGUUCUUCACCACAAAUGACCUGAACACAGGUCAGCGGCAUCGGUCACAUUAGUAAUGAGCAAUGUGUUUAUUAUAUAGUUUUGACUGAUUUUCACUGUUGAAAAAAAGUCAAUGAAUCCAUAUUCACGUGAUAGUAACAUAUUUAAAUUAUUAGUUGUGCAAUAUAAAUCUGGGGUUUUUUAUGUGACUUGUUGCUUCUGUUUGAGAGGAUUCUUUUGUCACGACUUCCUUUCUUCCCCAUUGACCCAAAGCUGUUGAAUCAAACCUAUUAUUGUUCUUGAAUUACAUUUGUUAGUCAGGUCUGUUUAAUGGAACUUUGGUUUUAAUAGGAAAACUUUAACAUUCAAACUGAGGCGGUUUUCUGGAGUUGUGUUGAAUUGGUGGCGUUGAAUGUCUGCACGGUUGAGGAGAUUUCAGCAUUUCCAAGGGUAUUUAAAAUGUGUAUUUUAUAGGGGAAAAGAGUCUGGAUUUGAGGUGUUGAAGGGAAUCAUGUUAAUGGUUUUGUUUCCGUGUCUCGUCGUGUGCAACUAGAGCUGAAGGUAAAGAAUGAUGAUGAACUGGAAUUGCAGCAGCACUUUUGUAUAUUACAGUGUCAUGCUGUAGCAUUGUAAUUAUAACUAACCGUAAUGUGAUGUAAAUAAAUCUGCAUACAGUUUAAAGUGUUAUACGUUAUUGAGCUUUUUCAGAGUUUCUAAAGGCUGUUUUUAAACCAUACUCAUAAAUGUACAUUGAGUUUAUUUUCAAUCAAUUCAAUUUGAACUGUUUGCCAACAGCGGAGAUUCAAUCAGCUGCAUCAAAGACUGCAAAAAGUGUUUUUCUUUGGGUAUAACACUAUAUGUCUAAAACUUAAAAACGCAAGAGCAAAAGUCUAAAAGGAAUACCCCAGUUCAUUCCAGACCUGAAAGUAUCAAUUGUCUCAUCUAAAUUCAUUCAUAAAGAAAAUAAACUUCUCACACUUCAGAAUCAGCA